AUGGGAAAUAAAAAAAAUCAAAAAACCAAACAAUCAUGUUUGAAGAAGAAAAACAUCGCGAAGAAAAUAUGUUCAAAAAUCACUCGAAGUGAGAAGGGCUUAUUUCUACGAACAAAAAGCACAGAAGAACAACAGCCGUGUGACGAUACCUCUAACAGGACUCGCGUAUCUUUUAUAACAUUAGAGCCUGUUGAUAUGCCACCUUCUGCAACUAAGUCGUCGAUACCGUCAACUGUUGUACACUUACAAGAUGUUCCUAACGCUACGUUAUCUGCGCCAGAACCAGUUGUUGAUUCUGAAGCCAACAUAGAACCUGAUGAAAACAAUGAUGGGUUAAUUAUUGAAAAGGACAACAAAGAAGAUAAUUUCCAACCCAUAUCAGGACGAAGGAUAAUUGAUAUCAAUUACUUUUUGCAAGAAUUUCAAGAGAAAGCACGCCCCAAUAACUUAUUUAAUUGUCAAUCAAGUAAUUUGCGCUUAGUUGGUGAAAGAAGAAAUGGACUUAUAUCGAUCUUUAAAUUUGAGUGCAUGUAA